AGCACGUUGGUGGCAGCCAGGAGACGAGACGAGUCGGUGCAGCAGCAAGCAGGGUGAUCUUGCCCCAAGCGCGAGCUCAGGAGAGGGCCUGCGGUUUGAUUGGGUUGAUUUUGGUGCCUGUUUGAGCACUCGGUUGGAUUUGAAGGAGGAUUUUAUUGCACGCUACCGCGUCACACAACCACCGCCGUCAUGCCUCAGAAUGAGUAUAUGGAGCGGCAUCGCAAGCUGCAUGGUCGACGUAUGGAUCAUGAAGAGCGCUUGCGUAAAAAGGAAGCGCGCUCGGCGCACCGCGCCUCGGAGCAAGCUCAAAAGCUGCGCGGUCUCAAGGCCAAGCUAUUGAAUAAGAAGCGUCAUGCCGAGAAGAUCCAGAUGAAGAAGACGAUUGCCAUGCACGAGGAGAAGAAGAGCAAGCUGCGCAAGACCCCCGACGUGCCAGAUGGCGCCAUUCCAGCAUACCUGAUGGAUCGUGAGGGCGAGGCGCGUGCCAAGGCUUUGAGUAAUAUGAUCAAGCAGAAGCGUAAGGAAAAGGCGGGCAAAUGGAGCGUGCCUCUUCCCAAGGUCCGCGCAAUGGGCGAGGACGAGGUGAUGAAGGUCGUGCGCACCGGCAAACGCCAGAAGAAAGCUUGGAAGCGCAUGAUCACUAAACACACUUUUGUGGGCGAGGGCUUUACCCGCAAGCCCCCGAAAUACGAGCGCUUUGUUCGCCCCAUGGCACUGCGCACCAAGAAGGCUCAUGUGACACAUCCCGAGCUCAAGGCCACCUUCUGCUUGCCGAUUAUCGGUGUGAAGAAGAAUCCCAACAGCCCCAUGUUCACGCAGCUGGGUGUCAUCACCAAGGGUACCAUCAUCGAGGUCAACGUCAGCGAGCUGGGUCUCGUGACCACGGGCGGCAAGGUUGUGUGGGGCAAGUAUGCCCAGGUGACCAACAACCCGGAGAACGACGGCUGCAUCAACGCCGUCCUCUUGGUAUAAUUGUCUUUGCUUUUCCAGCUCCCCUGACUCGUGUUGUGCCUUGAUGUUUGAUCCCCUCUGUUCCUUCUUUCGCUGCUGUCGCGUACUUCAAAGUUUGUAAUUUUCCCUUGUUGCUGUCAAAGAUGAUGUUGCCUUGUGCGCUGCAUGCCGGGCAUGCGCUCCCCUCUCUACUUGUGUUCAUUUGUUGACGUUGCAGCUGGCGCGACUCGCUUGUGUUUUCUUCCUUUUUUUUUUUUUUUUUUGCAAAUUGAUGAGUCAUUC